AUGCAUCAGAGGGCUGCCGCACAUGUCGUCUCAUGGGAGUGCUGCGCCACACGCUGGCGCCCAACCGUACAGAAACGCCAUGCUGCAGAUGGCGAGGUAAACCAGCGCAGGGUCAAAAUCUUUGAUCAGCUCGCGUUUGUGACCAAGCGCUGGACCAAAGUGCGCGUGGGUGACGUGGUCAAGGUUCUCAACAACAGCUACUUUCCAGCCGAUCUCAUCCUUCUCUCUUCAUCAGAGCCCGAUGCCAUGUGCUAUGUGGAAACAGCCAACUUGGACGGUGAAACUAAUCUCAAGAUUCGCCAGGGCUUACCGGCCACCAGCCACCUGAUCUCACGCGACAGCAUUCGUUUUCUCAAGAAACCUUGUUCACAAAUCACGAGACUUGCUCUCUCUCUCUCUCUCUCUCUCUCUCUCUCUCUCUCUCUCUCUCUCUCUCUCUCUCUCUCUCUCUCUCUCUCUCUCUCUCUGUCUCUCUCUCUCUCUCUCUCUCUCUCUCUCUCUCUCUCUCUCUCUCUCUCU